AUGCCGAGAAAAAUCGAUCAGGCUGCGUUGGAUGAAGUGGGGAUAGAGGUGGACGGGGAUUUGAGUGACAGUGAUGAUGGUGCCACGCAGAGGAGACCCAACAGAAAGCAGGCAGCCGGAAGAGGAGCUGCAAGGGGAAGAGGCCGGGGCAAAAAGCCAGCCAGCGAUGAUGAAGAUGAAGAUGAAGAUGAUGAAGACAACGCUCCCAAGAGACGCGGCAGGGCAGCAAACAACAGGAAACCUGCAAAGAAGCGAGGCGGUGGUGAUGAUGAUGAGAGCGAGGAUGAGGCUCCAAAGAGGAAGCGAGGAGGAGGAGGAGGAGCAGCCAAUAGAAAGAGAGGUGGAAAAGCCCAGGACAGUGAUGAAGAGGAGAGUGAGGCCGAGAAAGGAAAGAGGGGAAAGAAAGGUGGAGGAAAGAAAGGAGGGAAGGAGGAGGAGGACAGUAAGGGUAAGAAGGGGGAUGCCAAAGGAAAGGAUAAAGGGAAAGACAAGGGGAAAGACAAUGACAAGGACAAGAAGAAGAAGAAAAAGGGGGACAGUUCCUCUGAUUCAAACUCCAACUCUGAGGAAGAGGAGGAGUCCAUGUCAGAGGGAGAGAUGGCUCAGCUGAUGGAGGAGGUGGAGGAGAAGAAGAAACUGAUCGCCACUAUCAGGAACAAACCGUGGAGGAUGAAGAGGAGGCUCACCCACUUAAGAGAGGCUCAGCAGUUUGUGGAUAAAUUUGAAGGAGCUUUGGGCAAAGGAAAAGGCAGAAAGUGGUACGCCUACAAAGUGAUGAUGACGAAGAAAUGGAUCAAGUUCCAGAGAGACUUUGAGAAUUUCAGGACAGCUUGUAUCCCCUGGGAGAGGAAGAUCAAAGAGGUGGAAAGUCACUUUGGAUCAUCUGUGGCGUCUUACUUCAUCUUCCUGCGCUGGAUGUACGGCAUGAACCUGGUGCUGUUUGGCUUCACUUUUGGGCUGGUGGUCAUCCCUGAGGUUCUGAUGGGCCUGCCGUACGGAUCCAUUCCAAGGAAGACUGUACCCAGAGCAGAGCAGCCCACCGCUCAGGACUACUCUGUUCUCAUGGACUUCCAGGGCUACUGCAAAUAUUCAAUUAUGUUCUAUGGAUUUUACAACGACCAGAGGACCAUCGGCCUGCUGAAGUUCAGGCUGCCUCUGUCCUACCUCAUGGUUGGGAUCGGCACCUUCGGCUACAGCCUGAUGGUCGUCAUCCGCACAAUGGCGAAGAACGCUGAUGUGGGUGGCGGAGACGGGGACGAGGGAGAGUUCACAUUUGCUUGGAAGAUGUUCACCAGCUGGGAUUACCUCAUAGGAAACGCAGAGACCGCCGACAACAAAUACGCCUCCAUCACCACCAGCUUUAAGGAGUCCAUCGUGGAUGAACAGGAGAACCAGAAGGACGAGAACAUCCACCUGCGGCGGUUCCUCAGAGUCCUGGCUAACUUCUUCAUCACUUGCAGCCUCGGCGGCAGCGGGUACCUCAUCUACUUUGUGGUGAAGAGGUCUCAGGAGUUCGCCACCAGAACCGACCUCAGCUGGUACGAGAAGAACGAGCUGGAGUUAAUCAUGUCUCUGCUGGGUCUGGUGUGUCCUCCUCUGUUUGAGACCAUCGCUGAGCUGGAGGACUACCAUCCUCGAAUCGCCCUCAAGUGGCAGCUCGGACGCAUCUUCGCCCUCUUCCUCGGAAACCUCUACACCUUUCUGUUCGCCCUGUUUGACGAAGUUAAUACAAAGCUGGAGGAAGAACAGUCUAUUAAAAACGCCUCCAUCUGGGCCAUGAAGGAGUACUACGCCAAUUACACAAUGAUGUCGAAUGACACAGAUGCCACCCCGCCCCCCAUGGACCCAUCUGAUGUCAUCCGAGGACCCUGCUGGGAGACCGCUGUUGGAAUAGAGUUUGUAAAGCUCACAGUGUCGGACAUCCAGGUGACCUACCUCACCAUCCUUAUUGGAGACUUUGCCCGAGCCGUGAUUGUCCGAUUCCUCAACUAUUGCUGGUGCUGGGACCUGGAGGCUGGAUUUCCGUCAUACGGAGAGUUUGACAUCAGCGGUAAUGUGCUCGGAUUGGUCUUCAAUCAAGGGAUGAUCUGGAUGGGUGCUUUUUACGCUCCCGGGCUGGUCGGCAUCAACGUGCUCCGCCUCCUCAGCUCCAUGUACUAUCAGUGCUGGGCCGUGAUGGCCACCAACGUCCCCCAUGAGAGAGUCUUCAAGGCCUCCAAGUCCAACAACUUCUACAUGGGUCUGCUUCUCCUCAUCCUCUUCCUGAGUCUGCUCCCUGUGGUCUACACCAUCAUGACGCUGCCGCCUUCGUUUGACUGCGGCCCCUUCAGUGGGAGGGUGAAGAUGUUCGAUGUCAUAAUGGAGACGAUCGAUCUGGACCUGCCCGCCUUCAUGGGGACGCUGUUCAGCUACGCGGCGAACCCCGGCCUCAUCAUACCAGCCGUCCUGCUCAUGGUACUGGCCAUCUACUAUCUGAACUCAGUGUCUGAGGCCUACCAGAACUCCAACAUGGAGCUGAAGAAGAAGAUGCAGAUGGCCCGAGAUGAAGAGAAGAACCGCAGGAACAACACGGACAGCACCAACCAGGUCAUGAAGGACCUGGAGGACCUGUUGCCGAAUCGUUCCCUCGCACCUCCUGCUCCACCUGAGCCAGAAAAGAAACCCGAGCCAGAAGCAAGGCCAACCAAGACCAAGCCGGGAGCAGCGGGUAAAGGUGUGAACCUGCAGAAGGACGUGGCUCUGGCAACGCCAAACCCCAACGCUCGAGGACCAGUGAGGCAGCCCCCCGGCCCGAGAGGACCUGGUCCUGGUCCUGGACCAGGCCGGGGCCGUGGGAGAGGGCCCCCUCCUAGAUAACAGAGUGAGAGAUCUCUUUUCAUUUCACAGAUGGAGACAGAAAAACAAAGUUAUUCUUACAAUGACUGCCUUUGAGUCGUCUUUGAGUCCUUUAAUUUCUCACCGACUUUAAGGUACAGUCAGAGUUUUCAAGGGAUGAAAAAUGAAAGGUGUAUUACCUGUUUCCUUACACAGAACACUAAAAACUUUGGCCUUCUCUUGAGUUACUCUUAACGACAUGAAGGAAGAUGCUGUGGUUGAUCCAUGGUUCUGCACACACAGCUGUACAGACUGCUAGAUAUUGUACGUUAUGCUAAUUGUUAUCACUUUUCAUAAACUGAAACUUUUGUGCUUUGUUGUUUUUUCUUUCUUUUACAAGAUUUUGUCGGUCAUGUAUGAAUCUGAAUUUGCAAUAAAGUUUUGAAUCUUUUAAUAACA